UUCUCCUUAUUUUUGUGGUUUAUGAAUUGUACCAUUUUUAAGAUGUUUGCAAUGACAGUUUUCCUACAUAUAACCUUUCUUCCCAGACAGGAACCUGAGAACUUGACCAUUUUUUUCUUUCCUUAAAGUUUUGGGGACUCAAUUGUUUUCUUACAUGUGGUGCCCCACAUUUUGUGAAAAGAUUGUCUAAAGUAUGGCUUGCUGCAACAGAAUCCAACUGAUACUGAACUCGGAGAAAAUAAUUUUAGUUGUCUUCAAACAAGAAGAGCUAGAUUCUUUUCUAAGUUAAACCAUGAGGCACUGACGUUCAAGGACGUGGCUGUGACCUUCAGUGAGGAGGAGCUGGGGCUGCUGGACCCUACCCAGAGGCAGCUGUACCGAGACGUGAUGCUGGAGAACUUCAGGAACCUGGUCUCCGUGGGGCAUCAGUCCUCCAAACCAGAUAUGAUAUCCCAGUUGGAGAGAGAGGAAAAGCUUUCAGUGAAGGAGAUUCAGGCUCAACGAGGUAGUCACUCAGAAAGCAGAAGUCAGAAUGAGGUGGAGACUCUUCAUGAAGCAGGAGUAAGGUGCAUCUCAUUGGGAGAGCUGUCAUGCUGGCAAAUCAAGAAACAUGGGAGCAAAUUAACCAAAAGUCAAGACUCCAUGAUAAAUAGUCAAAGAAGGAGUUCUCAGUUCUCCCGACAGUGUAAUUCCCCCUGUCAGUUGGGCACAGGAGUAUCCAUUCAGGCUUAUGUGGAUGACACCUGUAUCAUGAAUCUUAUAGAGGAUCACUCCAGUAUUAUUGAAAAUCAAGAAUUUCCAACUGAGAGAGCUCAGAAUUCUUGGAGCAAAAUAUAUCUGAAUGAGACACAGAAUUAUCAGAGACGUUGUGAGCAGACUGAGAUGAAAAACAAAUUAUGUAUAUUUGCUCCAUACGUUAACAUUUUCAGUUGUGUUUCACACCACCGUGAUGCUGAUACAGUAGACAAAAGAGAUGAAACUCACAGCAACAAAGAUUGUGGUGAAGACAUCUUAAAGGUAUCACCUCUUGCCCAGCGCAGUAUAAUUCACACCAGACAGAAAACCUACCAGUGUAAUGAAUGUGAAAAAGCCUUCAGUGAUAACUCCAGUCUUGAACUUCAUCAGCAGGUACACUUGGGAAAGACGUCCCCUACGUAUAGUACACAUGAGGAGGACACCAGUUAUGGCUCUGCUAUUCCCGUUCAACAAAGUGUUUGCACAAGAAAUAAACGCUACUGGUGUCAUGAGUGUGGGAAGGGUUUCAGUCAGAGCUCAAACCUGCAGACUCAUCAGAGAGUCCACACAGGGGAGAAACCCUAUUCGUGCCAUGAGUGUGGGAAGAGCUUUAAUCAGACCUCACAUCUUUAUGCCCAUCUGCCUAUUCACACAGGAGAGAAGCCCUAUAGAUGUGAAAGCUGUGGGAAGGGCUUCAGUCGUAGUACAGAUCUCAAUAUUCAUUGCAGAGUUCACACUGGAGAGAAGCCUUAUAAAUGUGAGGUAUGUGGGAAGGGCUUCACUCAGAGAUCACAUCUUCAGGCCCAUGAAAGAAUCCACACUGGAGAGAAACCAUAUAAAUGUGCAGAUUGUGGGAAACGCUUUAGUUGUAGCUCAAAUCUUCAUACCCACCAGAGAGUCCACACUGAAGAGAAACCAUACAAAUGUAAUGAGUGUGGGAAGUGCUUUAGUUUGAGCUUUAAUCUUCAUAGUCAUCAACGCGUCCACACAGGAGAGAAACCCUAUAAAUGUGAAGAGUGUGGUAAAGGUUUUAGUUCAGCCUCAAGUUUCCAGAGCCAUCAGAGGGUUCACACAGGAGAGAAGCCAUUUCGAUGUAAUGUGUGUGGUAAAGGCUUCAGCCAGAGUUCGUAUUUUCAAGCCCAUCAGAGGGUCCACACUGGAGAAAAACCAUACAAAUGUGAGGUGUGUGGGAAGCGCUUCAAUUGGAGCUUGAAUCUUCACAAUCAUCAGAGAGUCCACACAGGAGAGAAACCCUAUAAAUGUGAGGAGUGUGGGAAGGGUUUCAGUCAGGCCUCAAAUCUUCAAGCUCAUCAGAGUGUCCACACUGGGGAAAAACCAUUCAAAUGUGAGGCGUGUCAGAAGCGAUUCAGUCAGGCCUCACAUCUUCAAGCCCAUCAGAGAGUCCACACCGGAGAGAAACCGUAUAAAUGUGACACGUGUGGUAAGGCCUUCAGCCAGAGGUCCAAUCUUCAAGUCCAUCAGAUAAUUCACACUGGAGAGAAACCAUUUAAAUGUGAGGAGUGUGGAAAAGAAUUCAGUUGGAGUGCUGGGCUCAGUGCUCAUCAGAGGGUCCACACAGGGGAAAAACCCUAUAUGUGUCAGCAGUGUGGCAAGGGCUUCAGUCAGGCCUCACAUUUUCACACACAUCAGAGGGUCCACACUGGAGAGAGACCAUACAUAUGUGAUGUGUGUUGUAAGGGAUUCAGCCAGAGGUCACAUCUUGUAUACCAUCAGAGAGUCCACAGUGGAGGGAGUCUGUAGAAAUGUGAGGUGUGGUAAUCUUCCAGUUAGAGUUCACAUCUUCAUCUCCACUAGAAAGUCCUUGCUGAUAAUUGUGCAAAGUUCCUUCAGAACUCAGAAGCUUCACGGAAUCUUCAUGGGAAAGAAGCUCCAUAAAAUGCUGUGUUUUAAGGACUCUGGGAGAUUAUUUCUUUGCAAACAUCAGAUUUCACAGAUGAGAGAAAACCUAUAAAAAUGGUCAGUGGCUGUGCCAGAGUUCUGAAUGUCCCAAUUCUGAAGAUGCAACACAACAGAAGAAUCUUAAAAUUCACUGGAGUCUGCCCAGGAGAGGAGAGGGCUUAUAAAUGAAGAUUUGGAGCAGGACUUGAACAAAAGUAUAACGGUGGAGAAAAUAGAUGUCACUACAACAACAUAACCUCUGUGUAGGGAGGGGUGGUUUUCACCACUGUAUCUCUACCAUGUAGAUCUGUGCUUGGCUCACAAUAGGUGCCCAACAAUUGCUAAACAAAGUGGAGAAGAUCCCUAUAAUUAGGACAGAUAUUUGUAAAUUCUAGUAAUUUCUCUACCCUUAAUGACAUAUGCAAAAGGAAUCCUGCCAGUAGCCUUAAUAGAUAAGAUUAAUUUCAGGAAAUAUUGAUUGAAGUACAGAAAAUCAUGUAAUACUGCCAUCCACAAUACUACAAAUUUGGACAAGUCUUGUGAGUGGCUCCCAUGCUCAUCUGCCUCACUUUGUACAGUGUGUCAUCCGUUUUGUUCAGUGUAAUAGUAUCAUCAGUUUGUGUUUUGUAGACUGAAAAAAAUAUUAAUCUAAUGGUACUGCAAUUUAUAUGAUUGGAAAUUUUGAACCCCAAUUCAUUAAGGUGGGGUUUUACUGUACCUAUUUGAAGAUGACAAAAGUAGUUACUACUGACAGAAAAUUUCUUAGUAAACUUGAAUUGUUAA